AGGAGCUCAAGACGCACGGCUUCAGCACCUUCGACGUGGUUGACGUAUUGUCCAGCGCCGACCAGAUGCCGAGGGAGCGGAGGAAGAACGAGAACGCGCUGUUCAGCGCCAUCUUCCCGAGCAGCAGGGACAGGCUCUCCACCAUGGAGAUCAACAACAACAUCGUCGGCGCAAGCAAGUUCAGCUUCGACCAUGUAUUUCUGGGAUCAUCGGAUUUUUGGCGUCCUACAUUGCCUCCAUCGGCUUGCUUGGAGACAACAUCGUCAACAUUAUUGCUUCUUUUUUCGUCUCGCCGUUGAUGAGCAUGAUAUUGGCGUCUACGUGGGGCAUUGUCAUCGGCGACACUUCCCUUUUCUGCCGGGCUGCACGGAAUAUGGUAUUUGGCGCCUGCCUGGCGUGGUGCAACGGCGCGAUGAUUGCGCUGCUGAUCUGCAUCCACAAGGACGAGGAGGGCCUCCAGACGCACAACCUCCGCGCGGCCACGGCGUCUAUAGCUUCAUCAGCAUAAACAGCCAGCAGAUUAGGGCGCUGUCCGGCGUCAGCACCGCGCUCGGGCAGAGCAGCGGGAUAUCCAGCACGCUCACCGGCGUCACCGUCGCGGCUUCUUUGUUGCCUCCUCUGGUGAACAGUGGGCUCUGCACCGUCUUCGGCCUCGUGUACCCAGGCAUGAGGACCAAGGACGACCACACGCUGCACAGCAUCGCCCUCGUCUCCUUUUUUAUGUACUUCGUAACGGUCGUCUUUGUGAUGGUGUUCUGCUACCUGACGUUCAAGUUCAAGCACGUCGGCGGGAGCUCCUUCCGGAUCCAGUCGGAGAACAGGCUCACCAUACGGGAGAGGGCCAUGAGCACGCUGCAGAGCAUGUCCUUCUUCGGCAGGGGCUCCCGGGCCUCCGUGCCGAACCCGGCCGCCAGCCCCAGCGCCGAGAGCCAGAGCCUGCACCGCCCUCGGAGCGAGAUGGGGACGGAGUUGAUCUCGGCGUCGCGCGGGGGCAGCUUCGCCGACGACGCCAAGGACAGGAAGGUAGGCUCGGUGCGCCUCCCUGCGCACGCGCGGACAGGAAGAGGAAGACCAGGCAAGUUCGCCGCUGUCACCGUGCAGCCCGCAGCGGAGAGCUCCUCGAACUGACCAGGAGAAGGUGGCCUUCGCCGACCCGCCGGGCCAGUGAGCUGCACCCGCGGGCGCGCUCGGCGCGCCUCGGCGGCCCCGGCCGUGGCCACGCGUCGCUGCGUGUCAGCUCCGCUCCGUCGGUCCUUGGUGCUUCUCUGGUCCUCCAGUUUUUUGUUUUUCCCUCUCCUCCUCCCCUCGUUUCGCCCUGCUCCCGGCGCAGCGCCGAUACAUUUCCGUGUGAAUUCGUAUCGUUAUAAUUGCCCGAAUUUUCGCCUCAUCCCCGGCCGCUCGCCUGGGCAACAAUUGUUACAUGUGGCUCCUCCUGCUAGUGCUGGCGCUGUCAACAGGCAGCGCAUGCGGCGUGGCAGCCUUUGAAGCUUCGCGGCGGUUCUCCAUCUCCUCCCUCC